AUGGCUGAAAGGAUGAAAAGAUUCCAAUCAAGUACAAGAGACUUGUCGAUGCAUCAUGUUAAUGGUUCUCUUUCACAAAUGAAGCCCAAACUCACCUUGACAAGGCUUAAGGAGCCUGAAUUUGAAACAUUCCAACGUGUUCAAUUAGUGAGAGUAAAGAGUACUAAUGAGCUUGAAGAAGAGAUUAUGGCCGAAAUUCCAAAGUUAAAGGCUCGACCGCGACAGAAAAGGUAA